CCGCCUCCACAGAACUCAGGCCCCGCCCCUUAAAGCUUCGCCCGAAAGCCCCGCCCCAAGAGCCCGUCCUGGUCCAGGCCCCGCCCCGCCCCGAGCGCAGCCGGCGGCGGAUGGAGCAGGAGGCGCGGGUGCUGAGAGCUGCGGGCGGCUUCGGCCGGGCCCGGCGCCUGCUGGCCGCCGCCUCGUGGGUACCCUGCAUAGUGCUGGGGCUGGCGCUGAGCUCCGAGGCGCUGCUCACCGCGCAGCCCGCUCACCACUGCGGACCGGACCCCACGCUGUUGCCCCCAGCGCUGCGCGCCCUGCGCGGAUCCGCGCUGCUGGACGCAGCCAUCCCGCGCCUGGGGCCCACGCGUGCCCCGAGCCCCUGCCUGCUCCUGCGCUACCCUGAUCCCUCGCCCCACACCCGCCUCGGCCCGCGCCCCGCGCCCGCGCCCGCGCCCAACGGCACCCGGCCCUGCACACGCGGCUGGCUCUACGCGCUGCCCAGCGCCGGCCUCCUGCAAAGACCGGUCAGCCAGGUGCGCCCCCGUCCCUGCUGCCCCGCAGCCCUCCCCGCCCCCAGCCCGCCGAGGCCCUGGGUGUCCUUUCUCCAUCCUACCUUGCGCCUCUGACCCGGGCCCCCCGGCCGUCCUCCUGGGCUUCCUGCUCCGGGGCGGCUGCCGGCCCGACGGUGCCGCAGACGGGCGCGAACCGGCCAGGCCCGCGGAGAGGCUGCUCCCAGGGGCCGGGCGGGGGCUAAAUCUGGGCCUGGGGGCUGCCAGGCGCGGGGCGGCCUGGGGCGCAGGAAGAUUGGAGCUGAAGGCGAGGGCGGCCCGCGCCGGUGGGGGAGCAGGGCCUGGAAUUUGCUUCGUGACCACCAGCGUCUUGAGCAGACGGUGGCUUUGGGCUGGAGGGACUGACGUGGUCAGCACAGAUUGGGGAAGGUGGGCUUCCCAUCCGUGAGGCGCGCAGAGGCUGGGCUAGAGACCACAUUGCCUGAAGGGAAACCUUGACGGUCUGCGUGAGAAGAGAUGGGGAGGCGGGCGGCAGGUACCCCCAGGCCUUUUUCAUCCUUUUCCACGCUGGGGCUGAGACCUGCCCACCCCUGAGGCAGCCUUUACCCCGCGGCCCCCGCCCCCCACCCUGGGAGGAUUGGCCCCAGUGUGGAAACUGGGACGGGGUUGCCACAUCUUCGCAAGGGCUGCCUGGGGCCCUGGAACCCGCCGGGCUUCUCUCUCCACCCUGCUCCCUCCCACCUCCCACCUGCCCUCCUGUUUGGUGCCUGGAUCCAGGAAUGCCCCAUCAGCUUUCACAAAACAUCAGGUUUGAAAGUAAAAUCUCGGGCAUAGCAUGGCCCCCUAGCAGUGGAUUAAGCUUGGCAAGAAGACCCAGGAACUGGAAGGGGUGGGGGGAGGCGCAGAGCUGAGGUCAAGGGUCAAGGGCCUCACCGGGAAAUGCCGCUGAGAACAGCUCUCCAGCCGCUGCCCGAGUCCCUCUUGAAAUGGGCAGGGCAGGGAGAGCGUGGGUACCAGCGCAGGUGCUGGGGCUCAUUUCUUAGGCCUGUGUCAUGGCUAUGACCCUUGGCCGGCUGGGGUGGGGGGCUGUGUCUGUGACGCCACCAAGGCCGUGGGUGUCCCUGGGGUCCCUCGGAAUAGGAGGUGGAAACAGGUCGGACAAGAGCUGGCCAUGGGGGAAGAGCAGUGGUGUGCGGAGGUGGGGGAGGCCCUAUCUAGGGACAAGUAGGAAACUUAGGGUAGGCAGAUCCCCCCCGACCCCUGUGCAGGGGCUGCCAGAGACCAGAGAGGCUGCUGUGUGACCUGGACCAAGCCCCUUGCCCUCUCAUGCCUCAGUUUCCCCUUCUCUCCACGGAGGGAUUGAGCAGGACAUGGAGGGCCCCUUCCAGUAGCCAUUCUGGGACUCCUUGCACCUGUCCCCAGGGGAGGGUCCUGAGCUGGCCUCCACGUGGCUGCUGUUCCCCAUAGUG